AUGAUCAUUCUUUCGCCUGCCCACGCCGAUGAAAUCCGCAAUGACGAACGAUUCUCGUUCGAUGCGCUGCUGUACAAAAUGUUCCUCGGGGAUUACUCUGGGCUGGAGCCGCUCGUAUUUGGAACUGGGUUUCACGGCGUAGUUUUCAAGAGCUCGGUCCGCAAAAACCUGACGCAGUCUCUUGAGUGGAGCGAAGUCAAAUUCGUCCAGACGGCAACGAUAACCGCCGCUCGCCUCUCCAACCGUGUCUUUUUGGGUGAAGAGCUGAGUCGCGACAAGGAUUGGCUCAAUGUUUCCAUCAUGUACACCGUCGACUCGGCCGAGGCGGUGCAGGAGUUGCGUAUGGUCCCUUCGUUCGCACGCGGGCUGGUGCACUGGUUCAUGCCCAGCAUGAAUCGAUGCCGCCAGCACAUCCGCACUGCGCGCCGCCUGAUCAACCCUGAGGUUUCGACCAGGCAGAACGCCAUCCGCGACGCAUCAUUGACCGGAAAGGCUUGGAAGAAGCCGGUGGAUUCUCUGGAGUGGUUUAUGGACAACGCUGGUGGCAAGUCGUGCGAUUACGCGCUUGGGCAGAUCGCCCUCGGCCUUGCCGCGAUCCAUACCACUUCGGCAAUGAUUGUAGGCAUGCUGUAUGACCUAGCCGAGCAUCCGGAAUUUAUGGAGGAAGUGCGCCAGGAAAUUGCGACCGUGUUGAAGGAGGAUGGUGGGUGGAAGAAGACGAGCUUGUACAAGAUGAAGCUGCUCGACAGUGGCAUGAAGGAGAGCCAGCGCUUGCACCCCAUCACGUCAACUCUCGUCAAUCGCGUCCUUACCGAAGACGUUGUUCUCAAAGAUGGGACUCGUCUGCCCAAGGGCGCCAUGGUUGCUAUCCCGAGUAUCGCCAUGGUCGAUCCUGCCGUUUUCGGCGAAGACGCCGACCGCUUCGACGGACGUCGCUUUCUGAGGCUACGUGAACAACCCGGCCAGGAAAACCGGUGGCAAUUCGUCACGACCAGCCCCGAGAUGUUUGGCUUCGGACAUGGCAUGCACGCGUGCCCAGGCCGCUUCUUCGCGUCUAAUGAGGUCAAGAUCGCUAUCGCUCACCUCAUACUCAAGUAUGACUGGAAGUUCGAUGACAAAUUGCCCAGGCCGCAGAGCAUGAAGGACAAUGCGCACGCGCCGAAUCCGGAAGCUGGAAUAUGGUGCAGAGCGAGGAAUCCCGAGUUGGCGUUGUAG